AUGGUCAACAUCGUUGUUUGGGUCGCAGAGGUGAUUGACGCUAAAAGAGUUAUCAAGACCUUUAUCAUGUACAUCAAAGUGGAAGAAGCUCGCGAGAUGUUGCAUGGAAUUUACAAGGAUGCUAUUCAAGUGCUGAUCGCUGCUGCGCAACAGGCGAAAAUUGCUGUUGGCGAUGACCCGCAAAAUCUCAUACAAAAACACGGUAUUACACUGACGCGGAAAAGGGCGGAAGAUGAAAAUGUACGUAAUGAGUUUCGAAAUCCGGAGCUAAAAAAUUUAAAUAAGGGUGAAUGGAACGAUGGCGGAAUGACGCAGUCAGCUGGCGAUUCAUUUGAGAAAGAGCUAGGUGAAGACCGCGGUACGACUGAAGAAAACAAAGAAGAUUUCGAUCUCAUUCAGGAUUCCUAUAAGCGGAUUGUCGGUGCUGCUGCCGAAUGUAUCAACAAAUUCUUGAAUUUUUCCAUAAAUCUUGGCAGAGAAGCCUUCGGUGUUCUGUAUAAAGGUGCUUCCGCGGCAACGAGUUUGCAGAAAGCUGAAAAAGCGUUUCAAGAAGAAGAAAUUGAUCCGAAAAAAGUGCUACAAAAAGCCAGAGAAGCAGCAGCGCAACUGGAGAUGAAACGGUCCAUUCAUCCAGAAUACACCGAUCUUAAAUUUCGCGAAGAGAUAGCGCGGAAAAAAGCAGAAGAUGGUAUGGUAAAUGGUGCAGUGAACAUGAUUAAAGGAGGACUAGAGAAAGCCGCCAGCAUUGGUAGUGAAGCCGUGAAUACAUUAGCAGCUAGUAGUGGCUACCACCAGGAUUCAAACUUCGAUGGAGCGGAUGAAAUGAUGAGUGAAUCAAGCGACAAGAAAGCAAGUAGCGAUGAAAGCGAACAGGAACGAAUUGAAAAAGCAGGUAUCAUCCAUUUAAGCAACUAUCAACUGCUAAAAUUACAGCGUUGUAUACCAUGA